UGUAUAGGUACUCCUUUUUACCGUUGACAAAGUUAAACUCAUUUUCUGAAAAUGGGAACGGCACUUUAGAAUAAUUGAAUUUAGAAACUACCAAUUUAGAAACUCUUCAAUUUGGUAUAUGCCAAAUAGGAAAUAUUCAGAUUCCUAACUAUAAACACAGAUCCGCUGCAGUUCUCCUUUCUACAUGUAAAUCAACCAACCUCUUCCUCUGAUCCCACAAGAAAAUCGAUUAAUUGUGUGUGUCCAAGCCAAAACCUUUGGCUCAAGAAAUUGUUCGGCGAUGGAGGAGAAUGCCGUAAUACUGAAUAAAAGGAACUUCGGUGGUCGAAGAAAGAUUGAAAUCAAGAAAAUUGAGAAGAAGAAGAACUUGCUAGUCUCGUUUUCUAAACGUCGUGCAGGCUUGUUCAAGAAAGCUGAGGAAUACAGCAAAAAAUCUGGGGCUCAAGUUGCUAUCCUUGUCCAAUCUCCAGGUGGUAGAUUCUUUACCUUUUGUGGUCCUGACUCUGCUUUGGUAGACUCCAUUCUUAACCAGUAUCUUGCUGGCAUGAUGCCUUCAUCUUCAAGUUCUUCUUCUGCUAAGAAUGGUACUGUUGUUGAUGAUCAGGGAAAGAGUAAUCCUGUGGAGAUUGAAGAAAAUACUAUGGAAGAAGAGGUUAUAGAGCAGGGAUUGAUGGAAACUAACCAGGUCAGUGAUGGAAAAGAAUCUUUGUUGAAACAGCUGUUGGAUAAUGAUGAUCUUCAAUGCUUUGACGAACUCGAAAACUAUAUGGUCACCAUGAAAGGCCUGGAGAGUGAGGAAUUGUCUCAAGAAGAUGAUGGAACGAAUAGGGCUGCUGAUGAUACUAUUAAUGGUGAUCCUGAUUCAUCAAGUUUAUUGAAUCCCAAUGUUAAUCUUGAUUAUUUUGGUGGGUUUCCAGUGAAUAAUGAUCAGAUGAUCGGGGGUGCUGAUACUGCCGUCAAUGAUGCUAAUCCUGUUUAUUUUAGUGGGCUUCCAGUGACUAAUGAUUUUUUUCAAGAAUAUAAUGAGAUGACCAGGGCUGCUGCAGAUGCUGCUUCAUCAAGUUUGUUGAUUCCAAAAGUUAAUCUUGAUUAUUUCAGUGGUCUUCCAAAGAACAAUGAUUUCUUUCAAGAUGAUGAGAUGGCCAGGCCUGCUGAUACCAUUAAUGGUGAUGCUGAUCCAUCAAGUUUAGCGAUUCCCAACGUUAAUCUUGAUUAUUUUGGUGGGCUUCCAAUGAAUAAUGAUUUCUUUCAAGAUGAUGAGAUGAACAGGGCUGCUGAUGCUGUUAAUGGCGAUGUUGAUUCAUCAAGUUUAUUGAUUCCUAGUGUUAAUCUUGAUUGUCUUGGUGGGCUUCCACUUGAUUUUGAUUUUGAUGAACCGAGUCCUCAGUACAAUGAUUGGGAGUAGUAGCACUUAUUCAAGAUAUAGAGAUAUGGUUAAUUAAUUAUGUUAACCAGAUAGGUUUUAUCAAUUUUCCCUUUUGCGUUAUUGUUUUGAAAGGCGAAAUCUUAUUGGAAUUGGUAUGUGUUAUUAAUGGUUUACUCUUUGAAUUAU